AUGGAGCGCAGAGAAGCCACUGGGAAAGAGAACAUGGGCACCAAGAAAAAGAAUCUGACCUUCUUGAGGCCCAGGCUCUAUAUGCUGGAGAGAAGGAAGACCGACACAGUGGUUGACAGCAGUGUUUCUGGGGACCACUCUGGUACCUUGAGGAGGAGCCAAUCUGACAGGACCGAAUACAACCAGAAACUACAAGAAAAGAUGACUCCACAGGCCGGGGCUUCUGCCACUGAGACCCUAACUCAGGAGGAGCAUCAGAUGCAGAGAAUGAUGGCAAAGCGUUCAAAAAUCAUCAAGGAGCUGAUACAGACGGAAAAAGACUACCUCAAUGAUCUCGAGCUGUGCAUUAGGGAAGUGGUUCAGCCCUUGAGAAAUAAACAGAUUGAUCGGCUGGACAUGGAUAGCUUGUUUAGCAACAUUGAAUCCGUGCAUCAGAUAUCAGCCAAGCUGCUGUCAUUGUUGGAAGAGGCCACAACAGACGUGGAACCAGCCAUGCAAGUAAUCGUCCUCCCCGGGAGCGAUGCCCCACUCAUAUGGAAACCUCCUAGCCGCCCUCGACGCUCCCCCGCAGCCAUCCCUCUUGUCGUGAGCCUGCUGGCCGCAUUAGGUGUUGCCCUCGGCACCACUGGCGUUGGGAGGUCUCAGGUUCAGUACCAGGGGUUAACUCAACAACUCAUGGCGGAUUUUUCUGCCCUCACUCAGCCGGCCCUGGCCCUGCAGCGCCGACUCGAUUCACUGGCCUCAGUGGUCCUCCAAAACAGGAAAAUAUACAUGCAAGAAGGCAAGCCAAACUUACUGGACAUGGGCUCUUUGAUGAUCAAACCAAUCCAGCGUGUAAUGAAAUACCCCCUCUUGCUGUGUGAACUCCGGGGCUCCACCCCUCCCUCUCACCCAGACUUCAGGGCGCUGGGAGAUGCCUUCACCGCAGUGAAAGACAUUAAUGUGAACAUCAAUGAACUUAAAAGACGGAAAGAUUUAGUUCUAAAAUACAAGAAGAAUGAUGAGGAUGAAUCACUUAAAGAUAAAUUGUCUAAACUAAACAUUCAUUCAAUUAGCAAGAAAUCAAAAAGAGUGACAAAUCACCUAAAGAUUCUAACCAGAGGAGAGCCACAGGUGAAAGACAAUACUUUCAAUAGAGAAGAAAAGCUGUUUAGAUCUUUAGAAAAGACGGUGAGGCAUUGCGUGAAGAACGUUUCCCUCUGUCUUCAACGUAUCCAGGAUGCCAUGCCCUUAGCGCUGCGGAGUGUCAUGGAGCUCCAGGAGAUCUUGUGCAACAAAGACACGGAGGAGACGAGCUAUUCGGAGGCCCCAAGGAAUGCCCUGAAUCCCUGUGGCGACUUUGCAGCCCAUUUGCAGAGGCUCGUCCUGAUGCCCCUGUCGGCCCUGCUGUCCUUAUUCACAGGGCCUCAGAAGCUCAUCCAGAAACGCUAUGACAAACUGCUGGACUGCAACAGCUACCUACCGCGGGCAGCAGGAGAUGAGUCAGACUUGGCCAAAAAGGAGUACGAGGCCCUCAAUGCCCAACUCGUGGAGGAGCUCCAGGUGUUCAACCAGGCUGCUCGGAAGAUCCUGUGGAACUGUCUGUGCAGUUUCAUGGCUCUCCUCAGGGACCUGACACUUGCGGCUCGGCAGGUUUAUUCCACGGUGGCGCCGGUUCCACUGUUGGCCUCAAGAAUCUCUGAAAUUCAGAAUCAAGUACUAGAAGAGGUUCAAAAUCUUAAUUUUGUAAAGGACAGCAGUACCACCUUUAUUGAGAGGAAGCUUAGUUUUGAAAAGAAGAAGACUGUGCAAAUUCUGCCGGAAGUGCCCCGUCAAACUGACAUUCAGCGCUCCGAACUUCUAUCCACGUACAGUAAAGAAGAACUCUACCAAGCGAAGCGCAAGUGCAAUGCUACCCAAGAAUACGACAUCAAUCUUCUGGAAGGGGAGUUGGUGGCUGUGGUGGAACAGAAGGAUCCACUGGGGAGUACAAGCAGGUGGCUUGUUGACACAGGAAUUAUAAAAGGGUACGUGUAUUCCUCCUUCUUAAAACCGUACAGUCCAGAGAAAGCACGGAAGGUGGACGCUGAGAACAGGUUCGGUGAUGACGGUUUUGAUAACAUCAGCCUCUUUGUGUCCUCACGGCCAGCUAGUGACAGUGUCACAGGCACCCCGGAAAGUAGCAUAAGUGACAGCAGCUCAUCUCUUAGUGGUACAUAUGGAAAGUUCGAAACAAACGGCGCUGACGGUCACGGCUCUCGAGAGGCAGAUGAGCAGAUUUUCUAUGCAGUUCAUGCCUUUCAAGCACGAAGUGACCAUGAACUCAGCCUUCAGGAAUAUCAAAGAGUCCACAUACUCCGAUUUUGUGACCUAAGUGGCAAUAAAGAGUGGUGGUUAGCUGAAGCUCAGGGGCAGAAAGGAUAUGUGCCAGCUAACUACCUUGGCAAGAUGACUUAUGCUUAA